AUCAUCAUCAUCAUCAUCAUUAUGGACCGUUUUAUUUCUUUAUGAGCUGUCUUUUCCUGUGGGGAAGAGCCGAGAGAGAGUUGUGUUGAGAGAAUGAGCUUUCGUACUUGUCACAAUUGGUUUCCUUUAUGUUUAUUGCUGAAAGAAACAAAUAACGAUAUUAGUGGGGAGGGUAUAUACUCUUCCAGGAGUGAGUUAUUCCAACAACCACUAGCCAAGGAGACUCAACGCUGGUCAACCGGUCCUUCUUUCGUCAAGCACUAUGGACGUUUGAAACGACACUCUUUACCUGCCGUUCAUUUCUUCGAUAACUCGCAAAGUUUUCUACAAAACUUACAGCCCAACGAAACGUUUCCUGAAACCACAACUUUGGAUUGGAAAGAACUUGAGAAUGCAACCCGUCUUUUAAACGAUUUCAUGGAAAGUGCUUCGGAAGAUGGUGACUCUUUAUUUGAUGAUGAGUUUCCUACUAUGCAUGCAAAGACAAAGUUACAAGAUGGGUUAUCUACGCACCCACAAAGUCCACCUUCAGAUAUUACGCAGUCAGUUCUCUCCAAUACCCAGAGUCCCGUUCCCAGUAUGUUGAGCGAAACCGAGUUACCAGACUUUGGAGAAGACUUUGUCAACGCGAAUGAAGAACUAUGGAGUUCAGAUGAUUGGAAGUAUUUUCAAGUAGAAGAGUUGUUGUUACAGUCUUGGAGACGCUGCUUAAGACUGCACAAUGAACGUUUUGCCUAUGAUUGGACCACUGACUAUGACAACGAUAGAUGGAAGUUGAUUGAUGUUCGUCAAGUUGUUAUCGACUAGAGUGCCUUUUGGUAAUAUAUAUAUAUAUAUAUAUUGGGAGUGAAUGAUAAGAGUGGAUAUAGAGGCAACAACUCUUCAAAGCGUAUUAUUGAUCUUCAUAGCAACGGAUGCUUUUUUCCAAGUAUUAGGAAAUCUCCUUGGUUUUGAAUAGUUUUUCUCUUCAUUCCUUUUUUUCUUGUUUUAAAAGCCAAUUGUAUCAUACUAACAGUAACAGGAAUCCUGAGUUGUUUAGAAAACAUAUUUGCUCGCUCUCUUUCUCUGUUUUUAUCCAACUCUAGAUAGUCUUCUAUUUCUCUAGUAGAGAAGAUCGUGGUCAGGAGUCGCUUGAAUGACUCUAUAGAUGAUAACCAAGCGAUGAAUAAUAGCCUUUGAAAAUACAUCUCUAUACAAGGAUUCUCGUUCCUAAACUCAAAUACAUAAUUGUGAGCAUUCCAAAAGUAGUAUUGGAAGAUACCCAUGCAGCAGUUAUUAAAAUUCGAUAAAGAAUGGAUGAAGAAAGCCACGAUCAACGCUAUUUCAAUGCUUGAACGAUGAUACCACGUUUUUUUC